UGGGAACAAUGGGUAGAGUUGCAAUAGCCAUUGUUGCAAUUGUGAUCUUAAGGUGGGGAUGGAAAUUACUAAACUGGAUAUGGUUGAAGCCAAAGAAACUAGAGAGGUGGCUGAGAGAUGAAGGGUAUAAAGGUAAUCCAUACAAGCUUCUAAUUGGUGACUUGAUAGAGCUUGCAACAAUGGUGAAAGAAGGUAAAUCAAAGCCCAUUCCAGUCACCCAUGAUAUUGCUUCAUAUGCCCUCCCCUUUGAGCAUCAUAUCAUCUCCAAAUAUGGUGAAAAAUCGUUCAUAUGGAUGGGGCCAAAACCAAGUAUGCAUAUCAGGGAUCCAGAGUUGAUAAAAGAGAUAUUAUUAAGAUCAGAUGAAUUUCGAAAACCACACCCCGAGGCGUUUCGUGAUAGCCUCAUCGGCGGGAUUCUUGUCGCUGAAGGGCAUAAAUGGAUCAAACAUCGUAAAAUCAUAAAUCCAGCUUUUAAUCUUCAAAAUCUUAAGAUUAUGUUCUCGGCUAUUAGCUCAAGUUGUAGUGAUAUGAUCCACACAUGGGAGCUACUUACCGGCAAAUCUGGUUCCACAGAAGUUGAUGUAUGGCCAUAUAUCAAUAACUUAGGCGGAGACGUAAUUUCACGAACAGCUUUCGGCAGCUCUUAUGAGGAAGGGCAAAAGAUAUACCAAAUCCAAAAUGAACAAAUUAAUCUACUAUUCCAAAUGCUUUUUAUACUUUAUAUUCCCGGAGGAAGGUUUAUACCAACACGAGCUAACAAAAAGUUUAAAGAAAAUGCUAAUGAGAUUCGAUCAGUAUUGGUGGCUAUAAUCAACAAGAGGAAGAAAGCAAUCGAGUUGGGAGAAGGUAAAUAUGAUGACUUACUUGGAAUUUUGCUAGAAUCAAACAAGAGAGAGAUUGAAGAAAAUGGAGUUGGAAUGAGUAUGGAAGACGUGAUCGAAGAAUGCAAAUUUUUCUACAUUGCUGGAUCUGAAACAACCUCGAAUAUGAUCGUAUGGACAAUGAUUUGUUUGAGUUUGCAUCAAGAAUGGCAAAUCCGAGCUCGAGAAGAGAUUUUUCAAGUUUUCGGUGACAAACAACUUGAUUUUGAAGGUUUAAAAAAUCUCAAGAUUUUGACAAUGAUACUGAAUGAGGUUCUUAGGUUAUACCCACCCGCGGUCAUGAUGACACGCGCGACUCAUAAGGACACGAAGCUAGGAAACAUGGUGAUACCGUCGGGCGUGGAGUUAUCGUUACCCAUGAUGCAUGUUCAUCAUGACCCUGAAUUGUGGGGAGACGAUGUAAACGAGUUUAAACCUGAUAGGUUUGCAAAAGGGGUCAUUAAUGCGACUAAGGGCAAAGGUGUGGGCCCAUUUUUCCCGUUUUCUAAUGGUCCUCGUAUUUGCAGUGGACAAAACCUAGCUAUGACGGAAGCGAAAACAGCCAUUGCAAUGAUUCUGCGACACUUCUCAUUUGAGCUUUCACCAUCUUACCAGCAUUCUCCGUUUCGCGCAUUCACUCUUCCACCUCAGUUUGGUGCUCCCUUGAUUCUACGUAAUAUCUUAUAAUUUUUACUACUUAACAUGUUACUACUAUAGAACUCAUAUCGUAAAAACAUUAAAUAAGUUUGAAAUGUUCCCAUCAUCUAUGAGAGGUUUGUUGUCAACUUGCACUAAAUUUGUUGUUUUCUUGGUGUAAUCAUGUUAUCUUUAUGAAUAAUCUUUGGGUUUUGAUGAUAA